AUGUCGACGUCGACGUACGUCAUGACCAAGAUGGGCCUGAUGAAGAAGAAGAGCUCGGUCGACCCGAAGUACUGCCGCCCGCAAGGCCUGUACAGCUCGCACAACCUCAACCUCAAGAAGCUGAAGAAAUUGAUAAUCGCGGGCAAGUUGGCGCCUUGCUACCCGGGGCAGGAAGGGGCGGAGGUGGCGGCGGAGGCGGGGUCCGAUAAGGGCACAUCGCGAGUGAGCGUGGCCAAAGGAACUUACGCGGCGCAGGGUUACGGCGACAUCGUCCUCGACGAGUGCCCAAUCUGCUUCCUCAACUACCCGUACCUCAACGUCAGCCGCUGCUGCAGGGCGUGCAUAUGCACCGAGUGCUUCCUGCAGGUCAAGGCGCCAGCAGAGGGCCAGUCGGUGCAGUGCCCGUUCUGCAAGUCACACGGGUACAGCGUGGAGUUCAGGGGGCAGAAGACGGAGGCUGAGCGCACGGCUCAGCAGAAAGAGGAGGCAGAGGUUGCUGCCGCGGUUGCGAGGAAUCGAGAACACCUACUCGCCGAGGAGCGCGAGCGGGAGAAGCGACUGUUGGAACGGCGGCGAAGCAUGGGAACCGAGGGUCCGAGCACACCGGGGACCCCCGCGCAGGGUGGAGAAAACACCAACGACAACGUCGACGACGUGCACGUCCCCGAGGGUUGGGAGGAAGAAUACGCCGCGAUGACGCCUCAGAGGCCGGACCCCGAAGCCAGGCGGGGUCGAUGGGUCAAUUCACCACCCACACGCGACGAGUUGCGUCGCGCCAGGCACGAGUACCGCGGGAGGAUCUCGUCGAGGCAGCAGGCCGCGCGCGAGGCGGCGGUGAACGAGCGCGAACUGUUGAGGCAGCUCGCGGAUCAAAGGCAGCGGCGGACGCGCUCGGGGCUGAGGCGGCAACGGGAUCACGCCAACGCGAUGGACCCGGCGUACCUGCGCCGCAUACAGGAUUUCGUCCCCGCGCACCUGUUGGACAACGCGCCGGACGAGGCACUGAUGGCGGCGGGUGACCUGGACAUCGAGGACGUCAUGGUCAUGGAGGCGCUCUACCUCUCGUUGCAGGAGCAGGAGCAGGGGGAGCAGAGGGAGAGGGCGCAGCGGCGACUGGCUGACGGGGAGGACACAGAGGUGGCCGCAGCAAUCGCACAGGUCGAGGCGGCAGAACGGGAGCGACAAGACGAGGAGGACGCCCUACCCACCGCAGAAGACAUCGAGGGAGGGAACUUUGACUAUGACGAAGAAGGGGAAGAUGAGGAAGAGGAGGAGGAGGAAGAAGAAGAAGAAGAAGAUGCGGACGACGUUGAGCGCGACCGGGCCUCCGCGGAUGCCGCCGUGGAGGCCAUCACCGCGCUCCGCACGUCGUCCACCGCGAGCCGGCACUCCACGGACCAGUACCUCGAGGAUAUCAGGCGACUGAGGGUGGCCGGAUACGACGAAGAUAUCGACGACGACGACGACGACGAGGAGGAGCGCGACGAGCACGAGCACGAGCACGAGGUUGACGACGAUGACUACGUCAGCCCCGAGAACCUCCUCGCGUCGCCGCCGCGCACCUCCGAGGAUGGGGUGUACGCGUUUGGGAUAUCUCCCGCGGAUGUCCUGUCCGCGACCGCCGACGCGACGGAACGGACGGCGGACGCGCUGGAGCGAAGCGCCGAGGACAUGGACCGCGCGCAUGACGCGCAGGAGGCUUCGCUGCAGCGCAUCCUGCGCACGCUGACCGCCAACGCCGACGCGAUUGCCUCGCUGUCGCGGUCGCGCGCGAGGGAGGCUGCGGCGAGGGAGGCGAGGGAGGAGGUGGAGGCGUUCGUCUCCGAGGAGCUCGAGGCAGAGUUUGAGGAGGAGGAACCCGCGCCGACGCUCUCGCCGGGCGACAGCGAGAGGAGCCUGGGUUCGCAGUUCAAUCCGGGUUCGCAGUUCAAUCCGGUGCAGACGAUUCGUCGCCACUCCUUCACCACCGAUGACAUCGCGGAGACGGUGCCUGGGUGA